AUGAGUUCUCAUAUCGAUCCACCGCGAGGCGUAUUUACUCUACCAACUCCUUGUGAAUAUUCCAAUCCCUUUUGGGAAGUCAUCAAAUUUUCUAAUUCUAAACACUUUAUACUUCAAAGAACGAUAGCUUCAAGUAAUAGUAAUAAUACAAUACUCAGAGGCGUUUUUAGUACUAUACAAAAUGUACUCGACACAAAUGCGUCUCCUUUUCGCAUACUCUUUCAGCCAGAAGUAAAUGGGAAUUCAAUUCAAAUUGCCAUGUCUAAAUCUCAAAAAGUGAUCGAAGACGCAUGGAAAUGGAUUGAAGAUAAUUUAGAUAAAGGAUUACUAAAACUUGACAAUUCUGCUGAAAAGGUGGAGUUUGUUGUAACGAAAAUAAAUUCUUUGGUCACUCGUCAAGAUAAAGGAACUGACGAAGUUUCUGAGGAUCAAGAGAUUCGAAACGCAUCAAGAACUUUUCGACAAGUCUUUAAUUUAUCAUCAACUGAGAGACUAGUUAACUUUUAUUCAUGCGCGUAUCGUGGCAUUCAACAAGGGUGGAUGUAUAUAAGCGAAAAUUAUUUGGGUUUUCAUUCCGUAAUACUUGGCAUCGAAACCAAAUUGUUCAUAGAAUUAAAAGAUGUACAAAGUUUGGUAAAAGAAAAAUCAAAGCGUGGAAUAGUAUCCGACUCCAUCAAAAUUAUUACAAAGGAUAGUAAUGAGCACUUUUUCUCAAAUCUUUUUCAUCGUGAUGAAACUUACGAUCUAUUAGUACAAUUGACAAACUUGUCAAUGGAAAGAAUAUUGAAAAAUGCCACACUUGAGCCGGCUCCAGGUUUUAUAUAUGAUAUUGAAAACAUUAAUGAAAGUCUAAGGCCAAGUACCCCUAUGUUACCUGAACCCCCUUUAUCACCAAUGAUUCCCCCCUUAAGAAAAAAUCUUGAAGAUCAAAAACGUGACAAAGAAUUCCAAAUAUCAUCUAACCUACCUAUAACAGAACAUUUAAUGCAAGAAUGUACUUGUGAAUUUGUGAUGCCAGAAACGAAAGAUAUUUAUGUUGGUAAACUUCAAAUUUCGGAAGGUUAUUUAACAUUUGAAUCUAAUGAAAAAAAACAAUGUAGUCUAGUUUUACCUUUAUAUACUGUACAAAGGGUUGAACGUCUCUUUAGCAAAACACAUGAUUUUGCUUUAUCCAUAUCGAAUUGGCACAAAAUGAAAUUAUUAUUUCAAAUCAAUAUGCCAAAAACUUCAAUUGAAAAGUUUUGCGUGAUUCUUAGAGAUAAUUUAAAAGAUCAAGUCCAUCUUAUGAAGUCUUUAAAAUCAUUUUUAAAUACUUGUUAUUCAGAAACUUUGUUAACAGAUUCUAAAAAGGAGCAUCCUUUUGGAGGAUUGGGUUUAACUUAUGGGUUUCCCGGUGAUGCUAAAAAACAGAGGGAUCGAUAUAAAACGAAACUUUGGACCGAAUAUAUGCAGAGCAAUGGUCGAAAUUUAACUCUUAUUAAACUUCCAGAUUUUCAAAAACUGGUUCGUGCCGGGCUACCAAACAGGCUACGCGGAGAAAUGUGGGAAUUGUGCUCUGGAGCAAUGUAUCUGAGAUUCAUAAACGAUGGUUUAUAUAAUAGACUUCAUAAAGAGUAUUCGGGUAAAUCCUCUCUCUCUACAGAAGAAAUUGAAAAAGAUUUGAACAGAUCACUUCCUGAAUACCCUGCAUAUCAAACACCUGAAGGUAUCAACAGAUUAAGACGUGUGUUAACUGCAUAUUCCUGGAAGGAUCCCGAAUUAGGGUAUUGUCAAGCAAUGAAUAUUGUCGUAUCAGCUCUAUUGAUAUACAUGAGCGAGGAACAAGCAUUUUGGAUUCUGAGUGUAUUAUGUGAUAGAAUGCUACCUGGAUAUUACAGCACUUCUAUGUAUGGCGCAAUUCUUGAUCAAAUGAUAUUCGAACAUUACGUUCAAAUGAAGAUGCCAUCACUCUAUAGCCAUUUUCAAAGAGUAGAUGUUCAGUUGACAGUAAAUAAAAAGGAAUUAAUGGUAAUUAAUGAUGAUGGAGCAUUUAUUCACGUGUUGAAAAGUUAUUUUUCAACAUUGGAUAAACCUGCGCAUCCAGACAAUAAAAAUCCCAAAAUAAGAGAGAUAACUAAAUUUAAUGAGCUAUUGGUUGUUGCUUUUAAAGAAUUUGCAAGUAUUACAACUGAAAGUUUAAUUGAACUUCGAAAAACUCAUCAACUUAAAGUUGUUCAUAACAUUGAAAGUUUUACCAAAAGAAGUGUAAUACGAAAUCUUCAAAAUACUUUAAAAUUUUCUAAAGAGGAUAUCUCCAUUAUUUAUGAUAAAUUCUCUACAGCUCAAUUUUAUGGAAAACAAAAAAGUGAUUCACGAACUGAUUCACGAAUGAAUGUAAAUACAUUUUAUAGUUUUUUAGGAAGUAUUGCCGAUUGGGCAAAAUUAGAGAACAAUGACUUAAUUAAUGAUAAUGAUACUGUGCUCAGAGAUAGUCAAGGACAUAGACUUGUCGGUUAUAAAAUUAUCAAUAAAUUAUUUGAUUAUUUUGAUAGAUUAUCUUCAGGUGGAAUUACCCUUCAAGAUGCUGUUUUAGGACUUGGUGCAAUUAAAUUUGGAGAUAUAUUAUCACGAAUAGAAUUAUUUUUCAAUUUACAUGAUAGUGAUAAAGAUGGAUACUUAUCAAAAGAGGAAAUUUUACAAAUGUCUGAAAGUUUUUUAUUCAUAUUUCGAUUUCGAAAAGAUGAUGAAAGUCUUGGAUCUGUUUCAAAUUUCACAAAGAUUGCAUUUAAAUCCAGUAUUUAUUCUUCUUCCGAAAAAUCAUUAGAUUCAAAUCAUAGUGAUGCUCCAUUUACGGAAGAUGAUGAUGAUACUAUAUUAUCACUUCCAUUAUUUCGUGAGGUAAUUUUAUCAGAUGAAUAUUUAGUAGAUUUUUUCGAUACCGGUUUCGCAGCUACAUUCCAAUUAGUUGAACCUGUUGAAGAAAGACAAAAAGGUUUAGGACGUGAAAUAUUUAAUUCAUUAAUGUCUGAUGGAAUGAAAUUUGCGAGUCUUUUCGGUAAACGAUCGAAUGAUCGUCGUAAAUCACAUAAUGUUUAUCAUCAUUCAAAUCCUUCAAGUCCAAUGGGAUCAUCUUUGGAUGUUAGACAAACAAGUUAUUCAAGACGAAAUAGUGAUUUAUGGUCUAGAAGAAGAUCUAAUUCUCAUGAAAAUACAGGAAUGGUCGUUGUUACUAGAAGUUCAUCACCAGAUUCUUUCAUUUCAGUUGAGUCUGCAAGGUCUACAAUUGGUUUACAUAGAAGCUUGUCACCUGGAUCUUUCCUUUCAACUGAAGAUGAAGACGACCGUUUUUCUAUACAAGAAGUGGAAAGACUUUUGGAUGAAUUUCAAGAUGAUAGUGAUGCAAAAUCGAUUAAUGGUAGUAUUAUGUCAAAUAAUGAACGUGGUUAA